CUCUGCGCCGCGCAGGUGCAGCUUCGCUCCAGAUUUCGUCUAGAUUGGCUUACCAAGAUAGCGGGUUUUAAUGAUCAGCAAGGGCCGCGGUACCAUUGGUGGACGCCGGCCGGUCCAUCCCCGUAAUGGAUUCUAAAACCCCCGAGUACGAAUAUGGAGGGUUAGGGCCGGUUCUUAGCCUCUCGCUUCCUGUCUCGACGGACUCUCGGAGCUUCAUGAUCCUUCUCCUGUCUAGUAGUCGUCUGUUCCGGACCUCUCCAAUCGCCUUUUCUCUUCCCUUCCCGAAAGAUGGCUGCCAUAGCGACCACAACGAUGGCCGAGACCACAUCACACACCACAGCUCGGGCUCCGGCCCCGCCGCCCGCAAAGACCGGCAGACCGAAGAGGACAUACAACUGUCGGCAUUGCGACGCGAUAUUCAAGCGUGGAGAGCACCUGGCACGACACGAGAGAGCCCAUACAUCCGACAAACCUUUUGCUUGCUCUUUCUGCGGCGCGUCAUUCUCGAGAAAGGAUUUGGUAACAAGGCAUGAGCGCACUCUACACGAUAAACCCCGAAUCAUCAAGAAACGAGCUCAGCGGUCUGCGAACGGCACAAGGAACAAGUCUCGAGAAGAACAGAUGGGGAAUCAAGAGCGGGAACAGAGCACCGGGACGGUUGAAGAUGGUACCCAUGACGAUUUGACGGACAAUCCAGAAAGUGCAUCCAACGAUUCGCCGGCGCAUUCUCACCAGCCAAACGUCAGCGAAAACCAUCUCGUCGAGCUCCUCCAACAGAAUUCGAUAUCAGCGGCGGACAUGCCUCAGCACGAGCACGAGUUUCAGCAGCAGCCGCAGCCGCAGCAUGAGCACCAACACCACGGUGAAGGUCUUCCGCGUUACGGCUACAGCCAGGAUGCGCGAGAGUUCGAGUUCCCACAGUCGUACCAUCCGCAAGACGGCACCAGCCCACAAGAGCAGCAGCAGGCACUGAGUCGAUACCCCGAUCCACCGUUGCUGUCCGUGUUCGGCAGCGAUUUCCCCGGGCUCGCGCCCUGGAUUUCGUCCGAGUUCAUGGGAUUGAUGUGCGACUUUGAUCCGAACGCGUUGCCACUAUCUGACGACGGCGGAAUGCUGAGCCCACUCUCGGUUUCCGCGGCGGAGUCACCUGCCGGUCUGGCUAUUCAGCACCAACACAAUUAUGACGACGGGGUACUGUACGGACACACUAGCAGUCCAAAAGUCGCCACACCUCACACCAUCGGCGGCGCAUGUCCACGAACACCCUCGAUAUCUGCGACCUCAUCAGGGGGGCCGAAGAAAAAGAUGCGCUUUCGCACUGCGGCUGCCGCACUUGCGCGACCCGAGGUGGAUGCGGCGACGCGGGACUCAAUGUUUGCGGGGAUCAAGGCCAGAUAUCCGGAAGAGUUGGUGGAGGGCUUCGUGCUGCCGAAUAGGGACACCCUACGGCGAUUGCUGGCCACGUACUUCACCGCAUUUCAUCAGCAUCUGCCGAUCGUUCAUAGCCCGUCGUUUGAUCCUGGGUCAUCACCUGCUCCAGUGACAUUAGCUAUGCUCAGCAUUGGAGCACUAUAUUCAUUAGAACGUAAGAGGGCAAGGACGCUGCGGGAUUGGGCGAAGAAGCUGGUGGAUCACGCUAGUAAAAGGGAGAUGCAACCUUCGCAGAGUGAUAUGUUAUGGAUCAUACAGACACGGCUGCUGUGUGCAUGCUUUGGUGCGUGGAGCAAUGAUCCGAUAUUGAAGGAGGAAGCAAUAUUGGAGCAGGCAGUGGUGGUCAAUUACUUCCGAGCAAAUACAACAAUAUCCCAUCACCGUCCCCUUCCCUUUGAUACCGAGACCUCCGACUGGCACACCUGGAUACAGCGGGAGACCGCAAAACGGAUCCGCUACGGAAUCUUCGUCUUCGGUAGCCUCUUGAACAUAACCUUCUCCUACCCGGUCUCGACACUAGUCUCGGACCUGGACGAGGAGCUUCCUUGUGCCGAAGAGCUCUGGGAAGCGGCACCAGGCCAGGAAUGGGCUGAAAUUGCGGCACGAUAUCCGCAUAGCUUCUCUUACCAAUCCUGCAUCGACCACAUCCUCCUUGCCAAACCACUUGACCUCCCGCCCGACUGCACGAUACCCGCCUUCGGCGCGCUGGCACUGAUGCACGGCGUGCUUUCGCAGCUCUGGUUAUCCGGCCAAUGCUCCGCCAUGAUGUGGGGACGUGAGCAAAGCGGCCAAGAACUCUCCCGUCUCGCAGAAGGAAUUUUGAGCCGCUGUCGAAAAAUUCUUUUCUUCGGCCGCCACGAGAGCGAGCUGAAACCGUCAAGCCCGGACUCGCCGCUCCCGUUCAAUGUCGUCUCACUUCUGCGUCUGGCACAUGUCCGGCACUUUGCGCACGACUUUGGCUUUCCGAGCAAGAGCCUCUUACACGCGCACGAUGGCGCGUAUGUGGCCGGCGCGAUGGCCGCGUUCGUAGCGCAGCCGUUGGUCAGGUACCCCGAACUCAUCAGGUUGAUCAGAACUGUCUAUGAGGUUCUGCACGAGCCCAUCAAGGUCGGAUAUGUACUCGUACGCCGCACGGCGGCACUGCAUUGGGGGAUUGAACACUGUCUUACGGGCUGGUGCGGGAUCCUCCUCCUGGCAAAAUGGACUCACACGGUAGAGACUCAACCGCCACUGACCCACGAAGAGUCCGAGGUACUCCGCGAGAUCCGCACGCUGCUGCAAGACGUCGAUAUCGAGAUCUCCAACGAUACAAGCCUAGCGAAGGAAAUUGUCCUGCUCUGGAGUACGAUGAUGGAUGACACUUGGGUUUGGGGUAUUACGCCAUGUAUGGGCGCGGCGCUAAGGGAGUUGGCGAGUCAUUUUGAGGCUGCGAGGAGGCGGGCAGCGUGAUCUGAAUGGGGGCUUGCGGUUGGUAUCUAAGGAGUCUAUUUUGGUUAGAUGGAGCUUGGAUUGUGGGGUUUGGUUGUGUUCUGGAGUUGUGACGGCCAAUGGCGUUUGGGCGUCUUCUGCACGUG